AGGAGUGUACAUGAUUGAAAGACCUCUCCAAUGUUCAUUUUGCUCAAGUUUCUUCUAACUCCAAGAUUGGUAACUGCUACAUCUCUCUAACAGACAACAGUUUUUAGUCUUGUCCGUACCAUUUACUUACUUCUUUCUUACUGUCUUUGUCUAUCGCCACUCUCUUCUCUUUUUUUUUGCUUCUUCUGUUGUCUCCCUCUCUCUUGUUUUGCUUUCUUCUCCUUUCGUCCUUUCUUUAAAUCAAGACAGUUAGGUUCGAUAGAAAGAGAGAGAAAGAGAUAAUGAUGAGAGCAAGUACUCCCUUUCUGUCUGAGUAAGAGGAAACAAAAAUGAAUAUAGGUUCCAACUCGGGUCCGGGUCGUGGUCCUGGUCAGGCAGAGUCCGGUGGUUCAUCAACUGAGUCAUCCUCUUUCAGUGGAGGGCUCAUGUUUGGGCAGAAGAUCUACUUUGAGGACGCUGGAGGUGGGUCUUCUUCCUCAGCCGGGUCAAACAGAAGGGUCCGUGGAGGCGGGUCGGGUCAUUCAAGUCAGAUACCUAGGUGCCAAGUGGAAGGUUGUGGAAUGGAUCUAACCAACGCAAAGGGUUAUUACUCGAGGCAUAGAGUUUGUGGAACGCAUUCUAAAACACCCAAAGUCAUUGUUGGUGGUACUGAACAGAGGUUUUGUCAACAGUGCAGCAGGUUUCAUCAUCUUCAAGAAUUUGACCUAGAGAAAAGAAGUUGCCGUAGGAGACUCGCUGGUCAUAAUGAGCGACGGAGGAAGCCACAGCCUGCGUCUCUCUCGGUGUUGUCUUCUCGUUACGGGAGGAUAACACCUUCGCUUUACGGAAAUGCUGAAACUACAAUGAAUGGGAGCUUUCUUGGUUCCCAAGAAAUGGGCUGGACAAGUUCAAGAACGUUGGAUACAAGAGUGAUGAGCCGGCCAGUGUCAGCACCGUCGUGGCAGAUCAAUCCAAUGAAUGUAUUUAGUCAAGGAUCAGUCAGUGGACGAGGAGGGAUAAGCUUCUCAUCUCCAGAGAUUAUGGACACUAAACCAGAGAGCUACAAGGGAAUUGGUGGCGACUCAAACUGUGCUCUCUCUCUUCUGUCAAAUCCACAUCAGCCACAAGACAACAACAACAUCAACAACAACACAUGGAGAACUUCUUCAGGUUUUGAUCCGAUGACAGUUACAAUGGCUCAGCCACCACCAGCACCUAAUCAGUACUUACACCCGCCUUGGGUGUUCAAGGACGAUGAUAGUACCUGUCCGAAUGAUAUGUCUCCUGUUUUGAAUUUGGGCCGGUUCACCGAGACAGAUCAUUGCCAGAUAAGUGGUGGAACAACAAUGGGUGAGUUUGAGUUAUCUGAUCAUCAUCAUCAUCAACAUCAAAAUAGGAGGCAGUACAUGGAAGAUGAUAACACAAGGGCUUAUGACUCUUCUUCACACCAUAACAACUGGUCUCUUUGAAAGUAGACUACUCUUUGCAAUAUCUUAUCUCAUUUUUUCUUCUUCUGUUAUUUGCUACUAAUAAACCAGACAAUGGCUUUUGUUUUUAUGCUUGUUGUUGUUGUAUUAUCCUCAUGAUCUCCAAGUUAAGAGAUUAUUUUUGAGCAUAAUGGUCAUCAAUACCGCAUAAAG